UUUCAGACCAUUGCUUUUCAAGAUGACAUUUACCAGUGGGCCAGAGAUCACCGCGUGCACCACAAAUUCACCGACACCGACGCGGAUCCGUAUAACGUGAGCAGAGGAUUUUUCUUCUCGCACAUAGGUUGGCUUCUGGUACGUAAGCAUCCUGAUGUUACGCUCAAAGGUGCAACGGUCGAUUGCAGUGAUCUCAAGCAAGAUCCAUUCGUGGUGUUUCAAAAAAAGUGGUAUCUGUAUAUGAUGUUGCCUUGCUCUUUUAUUAUACCAGCAUUAGUACCUUGGUGGUUGUGGGAUGAGAGUUUGUGGCAUUCGUGGCAUCUUGCAAUCUUUAGAUAUUGCAUAAACCUGAAUGCUACUUGGUCGGUGAAUUCCGUGGCUCACAUAUGGGGUAUGAAACCAUAUGACAAGUACGUACUCGUAUUAUUUUUGAGUUAUCAAAUAUACAUGUGUCUGCGUUUAUACAGGGUGUCUCCGAUCACCU